GCCUUGCGCCUGUACAAAGGAUGCUAUGCUGCCUGCCUCCUCCCCUCCCCUCAUGGCCUCCCCCCUGUGCGCUCUGUGAGUGACAGACAAGUGUAGGUUGCGUCGACUGACAUGGAUGGACGAACAACGGAUCUGAUCUUAAGAAUGACCGGAUCGGAGCUCAUCUUGAUCAACUGUAGCUAGCCAAUGUCAGUCAGUCACUUAUUCCCACACUCAGGCAGGACAUUACUUACGCACAUCACAUCGAUUCGAAACAAUCGCCUUCGCACACGUACGUCACACGAUCGCCUUCCCGACCGUGUGCGCUAUCUAAGACAUCUAUAUAGGCUCCGCCCAACCUGACACACACACGGAAAGACACAUAGACACAAUUCUGUUCGUCGUGUGUGUGGGCAUCUUCUGCUCGUCUCAGCCGUGUUUGGUGCAAACAUACCCAGCUGUCUACUGGCCGAAGAGGAUGGCUGAGAUGACGGCCCCCAGCACCACACGCGCCAGCUGAGUGGUCUGCGGGAAGCGGUCCCUGAAGGCACCACCCACACCACACACAGCCGGCUCGGUCGUGUAGACCCACACAAUCACUGCGAACGAAUGGCAGGAGAGCAUAUAGCAGCGGACAGUGCAUGAGAGUAUGUGCCUCCCUGGGUCUGUCACCCUCCUCGCCUCUUUUGUUAUACCGUGCGGGGCUGACCGUUGAUGCCCGGCAGAUCCUUGACGGCGAUCCAUGCGACGAACGAGUGGCCGGCGUCGGUGAGCACGAGACAGCGCCAAGGGAAGCGAUGUGAUGUGGUUGUGGUGCAUCCCUCCACUGGUGUGUGGGGGGACUGUGUCAGCAGGUUGAGCAGCCGGUCGUUGUCGACAUGCCUGACACACACACACAACAUACACUCGUGUGACGUGAGCAUUCCCACACAGAGUGAUGCCCCACCUCACCUGUUGAUAGAAUGGCCGGUUGUGGUGUUGGUCUGGUGAGUCUCCGUGAAGUGGUAGAGGACGAUCCACUUGACGAACGACGACACAGACGAGUAGUCACGAGCCAACGAAAUCAGCGACUGCCAGCCCUCGGGCGGACCAUAGUCGAUGCUGCUGCGGACGGGCGGGUCAUGCUGCUGUCGGUGCUGCUGGUAGGGGUGGUUGGGAGGGAGGGGCGGGUCGAUGUCGAUCUCGAAGCCGUACUGGUCCUUGAUAGCCCGCAGCCCGUUGCCGUGUUGGAACAGCUGGAAGGUCACGCCGUUGCCGAAGUGGAUGUGGGGGCCGACCAUCUUGAGCUGAGCCAACACACGGGGAGCGGCCAAAUACGCCUACACACACAACACAUCAACACAUUGACCACACACCGAUUGAGAGCCAUCCCUCCUCCCUCCCUCCCUCCCUCGGUUGGCUUACCGUCUUGUUUGGGUAUUGGUGCAGAUCGCCCGCAGUGAGGCUCACAGGCAGCUGGCAGUUGCCGCACUGCCCCGCCAGCCCAACCACCUCGCUCAUCUCACUCCAGCCGCCCGCCUCCGUCACACACAGCGCCGCCAGCAGGUCACCCACACCCAUCUGCUGGUCGUCGAAUGUCAGCAGCUGCUGUCCGUUGGCCGUCCGCCGCAGCCCCGCCUGUGUGCCGAGCGAAUGGCGGAGCCGCUGCCGCAGCUGAGCCGCUUUGAAGAGCUCUCUGAGCCAGCGGCAUGUGGCCCUCAGCUGCAGGACAUCAUCGAGGCUGAGAAGGUAGAAGGUGCGGCGGCCGACGAAGAUGUACUCGAUGGGGUGCUGCUGCUGCUGGUCGGGCUGCUGUUGCUGUGUGUCCUGCAUGGCAGUCAAGAUCUGCCGACAGAGGCGGAUGGACGAGAGAAAGAGAGGGCGGGCUGGGGGCGAUGCCUCAAGACGAGAUGCCGGGAAGAAGCAGAAGACGAUGCGAAAAGGUCAUGUCUUU